UUAGAACAUCUCGUCUUGCUCGUGGGGCGCUUCAGCUAUUGGCCACGCUACAAAUACAAGUCGGCGCCCGGAUUGUUCACCGUCAUUCCACCGCUCGUUCCAUCCCACCUCACACUAAACAUCGCUUUUCCAUCCCAAACGACCCCGCCCAAACACAGUCUUUCUACCGUCAACAUGAACGGCGACACCAACGGCAAGGCGCCUCUCGACCACAGCUCGGGCGGCAGCCGCACUCACGUCCCCGGCGAGCCUCUCGUCCAUGUCGAGCCGCCGCGACGCGAAGAUCUGCAGCCAUCGUACGCGCGAGUCAUCAAGCCCGACGAUGAAGACGAGGAUCAACACGGCUGGUAUGGAAGCAUGAUCAACGGCCUCGGUACAUGCGUGGGAACCCUCGGUGCCAUCCCCUGCUGUGUCUGCUGUCCCAACCCCUACAAGCCCGUCGCGCAAGGUAACGUCGGUCUCGUCACCAAAUUCGGCCGCUUCGCCCGCGCCGUCGACCCGGGUCUCGUCAAGAUCAACCCCCUCUCCGAAAGCCUCAUCCAAGUCGACGUCAAGAUCCAAAUCGUCGAGGUGCCCAAGCAAGUCUGCAUGACCAAGGACAACGUCAACCUGACCCUCACCUCCGUCAUCUACUACCACAUCACCAGCCCGCACAAGGCGGCGUUCGGCAUCUCCAACCUGCGCAUCGCCCUCGUCGAGCGCACGCAGACCACCCUCCGCCACGUCAUCGGUGCGCGCGUGCUGCAGGAUGUGAUUGAGCGGCGCGAGGAGAUUGCGCAGUCCAUCCGCGAGAUUAUUGAAGAGACGGCGACCGGUUGGGGUGUGGCGGUGGAGAGCAUGCUCAUCAAGGACAUCAUUUUCAGCCAGGAGUUGCAGGAUAGCUUGUCCAUGGCUGCGCAGAGCAAGCGGACGGGUGAGGCGAAGGUGAUUAGUGCUCGUGCUGAGGUCGAAUCGGCCAAAUUGAUGCGUCAAGCCGCCGACAUCCUCUCGAGCGCGCCGGCCAUGCAAAUCCGCUACCUCGAAGCCAUGCAAGCCAUGGCCAAGACGGCCAAUUCCAAGGUGAUCUUCCUGCCAGCACAAAACCAAACCGUCCAAUCCCAACUCGCCGAAGCCGACAAGUACGGCGAAGGGCCGAGCAGAUACCAGACGGAGAACUACGCCUCGGCCGGGCAGGAGUUUGCGGGCAGCACGCAGGGCUUCCAGAGCGCCAUCAAUGCCGGCGUGAUUGAGCACAUCUAGGCUGCUUGCCGUGGGUGAAGAUGCUUUGUGUGUGUUGGAAAGGGGGAUUGUGGUCUUUCUUUUUGGCACGCUCGUGAUGAUGGAGGAGGAGGAGGAGGAAGGUUGAGGUUUGCCGCGAUACCCCUUUUGUGUCUGUGUCUUGAUGUUUACUGUUUGCUUUUCCGUUCACUUAGUCUUUGUUGCUUGAAUGGCAGUUUUCCCUCUUUCUUCUGCCGAUUCUGUGUCGCUCUCUUCGUUCAUCUCGCCCUGUACUAUUCAUGCUACUCAGAGUCGUCACGGAAGGCUGUCGGUCCUUCUGGCCCACUAAAGGCUGCACUGAGGAGUAAUGGUAUAUACUGGACCAUGCCCCGUGCGAUGUCUAACUGACUAGGCGCGUGGAAGAGGAGGAGUGGUG